GUUAAGCCCCCUGGUUCCCCUCGUUACCCUCGAUUGGGACGGAAUAAGGGGAGGAAAUGAUCGAGAUGGCGGCGGAGAAGGAGCCGUUUCUGGUGCCGGCCCCGCCGCCGCCGCUCAAAGAUGAGUCGGGCGGAGGGGGCGGCCCCACGGUGCAACCGCACCGAGAGGCCGCCUCCGGGGAGCUCCGCGGCGGAACGGAGCGUGGGCCGGGCCCUCGUGUACACUCGGCUGGGGCCUGCAAGGAGAGCCCCGGGGCUGCGUCCACCCCUCGGGGCGGCCAGUCGCAGCAGCAGCGAGGGGGCGGCCCCCAGGCGCAGUCGCACGGGGAGGCCCGCUUGUCGGAUCCCCACGGGCGAGCCGCGGCCCCGGACCUGGGGGAGGAGCGACGGGGAGGGGGCGGAACAGAACUGGGGCCCCCUGCCCCUCCUCGCCCCCGAAAUGGCUACCAGCCCCACCGGCCCCCCGGCGGGGGUGGGGGCAAGAGGAGAAAUAGCUGUAAUGUAGGGGGAGGUGGCGGGGGCUUCAAACAUCCGGCCUUCAAGAGGCGCAGGCGGGUUAAUUCGGACUGUGACUCUGUAUUGCCCUCCAACUUUCUUCUGGGGGGCAAUAUCUUUGACCCACUGAACCUGAAUAGUCUCUUGGAUGAGGAAGUGAGCCGAGCACUCAAUGCAGAGACCCCUAAGUCAUCCCCACUUCCGGCCAAGGGGCGAGAUCCAGUGGAGAUCCUCAUUCCCAAAGAUAUUACUGACCCACUCAGUCUCAAUACUUGCACUGAUGAGGCCCACGUAGUUCUUGCUUCGCCACUCAAGACUGGUCGGAAGCGGCACAGACACCGGGGACAGCACCAUCAGCAGCAGCAGGCACCUGGAGGGAACGAUAGCCACUCGGUGCUGCCCACAACCCCCCUCACUCCCUCGCUUCAGGGGGAGGGCACCACCCAGCAGCAGCAUAGAGGCCAGAACCGGGACGCCCCCCAACCCUAUGAACUCAACACAGCCAUCAACUGCAGGGAUGAGGUCGUGUCUCCUCUUCCAUGUGCCCUACAGGGUCCCACAGGGUCCCUUUCAGCCCUUCCAGCUGCCUCAGUCACCCCUGCACCCCCGUCUUCCUCCUCACGACACCGCAAACGUCGCAGGACUUCCAGCAAGUCGGAGGCAGGGGCCAGGGGUGGAGGCCAGGGUCCCAAGGAAAAGGGCCGAGGGAGUGGGGGAGGCCGCCACCACCACCACCCCCUACCUGCUGCAGGCUUCAAAAAGCAACAGCGCAAAUUCCAGUAUGGGAAUUAUUGCAAGUACUAUGGGUACCGCAAUCCUUCCUGUGAGGACGGGCGUCUUCGAGUGCUGAAGCCCGAGUGGUUUCAGGGCCGGGAUGUCCUCGAUCUGGGCUGCAAUGUGGGCCAUCUGACCCUGAGCAUUGCCUGCAAGUGGGGCCCAUCCCGCAUGGUGGGCCUGGAUAUCGAUGCCCGGCUCAUCCACUCUGCCCGCCAGAAUAUCCGACACUACCUGUCUGAGGAGCUGCGUCUCCCACCCCAGACUCCUGAGGGGGACCCAGAGGCAGAGGGUUGGGAAGGGACCACUACUAUCCGGAAGAGAAGCUGCUUCCCAGCCUCACUGACAGCCAGCCGGGGUCCCAUCGCGGCACCCCAGGUGCCACUGGAUGGAGCGGACACAUCAGUCUUCCCCAACAACGUUGUCUUCGUCACGGGUAACUAUGUGCUGGAUCGAGAUGAGCUGGUCGAGGCCCAAACACCCGAGUACGAUGUGGUGCUCUGCCUCAGCCUUACCAAGUGGGUGCAUCUGAACUGGGGAGACGAGGGGCUGAAGCGCAUGUUUCGCCGGAUCUACCGGCACCUACGCCCGGGGGGCAUCCUGGUCCUGGAGCCCCAACCCUGGUCAUCCUAUGGCAAGAGAAAGACCCUCACGGAAACCAUCUACAAGAACUACUAUCGAAUCCAGCUGAAGCCAGAGCAAUUCAGUUCCUACCUGACGUCCCCAGAGGUGGGCUUCUCCAGCUAUGAGCUUGUGGCCACACCCCACAACACCUCCAAAGGCUUCCAGCGUCCUGUGUACCUGUUCCACAAGGCCCGCUCCCCUAGCCACUAAGUGGCCUCCUGAACAAAAAGUGUGAAGAAGCUGCCCGUGCUCCCAAGGACCUGGGGGAAGAGGAAAGUAACCCAAGGUCUUUCCUUUCUGGCUCCAAAAAUAGUUUCCUUUCUUGGAUCUGCAGAGAAAGCUUUUCCUGUGUUGCUGCCCCAGCCUCCUCCCUGCACCUAAGCACCUAAGCAGCAAGGCCAGCUGUGCUGGAGUUACCGUCAUCUUCCUCUCCCCCAGCCUGCUGGGCUGGAUGGCAUGGACUGUUUGCUGACCUCUGUUCUCCUAGGGCUUGGGAGGUGGGGGGUAUCAAAUGCUCUGGCCCUCUCCUCCUGUUCUCCCAAGGAGAGAUUCCCGUUUCUCCCCUGCCCUUGUCCCUAGCUGCAUUUCAGCGGACCAGAUAGAUGGAAUGGGGGUUUGAAGGGGAGGCUUGGCAGGGAGGCACGCAGGUACUGUGAAAGUCCUUCCCUUUGCUGUCCCCCAUUGGGAGAGGGGGUUGGGUUUUGAAUGUGAGAACAGCACAAUAAACUUGAGGUUUAAGGCAGUGGCCCCCAAA